AUGUCGCCGUUGCCUUUCACAUUUGUCAACGUCAGCAAUGCACCUGGACUGGGGCCCAAAGAGAGGAGGGAAAUGAGAGGACAUGUCACACAAACCAAUUUCGCCAAACGUAGACAGAGAUUGGCCAAGGCUCGCGACGAUGACAAAUCAGACACCGUCGAAAGGAAUUUGGCUUUAUCGAGAUCGUAUAAUCAGCGGUUUCAACCAGGACAGAUGUCAGGGGAUAAGGCCACUGUUCUUGAUCCUCGCUGUGACAGACUGCUCACAAAUGCGGUCAACUCCGCGUGGUCCCCAAUCGCCUAUCGUAUGGUUGCCAUGCUUUACACAUUUCGUCCUUUCAUCUUCCCAGCAGGUACCGCUGGUCCUGGCUCAUCUCGCGAGGCAGAAUGGAUCGACCUUCUCCAGUCGGAGCCGGCACUUGUUGAAGCUUCGAUAUCCAUUGCCUUGAGUCACUGUACCGGACAGAACGAUGACGUAACCUUUCGCCAGGCGGUUCUUCACAAGGGUCGUGCUAUCAAACGGAUCAACCAGAAACUGAGUUCGCCUUCAGGCUUAACCGAUGGCGUGCUGAGCGCUGUCUUCACCCUGACAUUUGCCGCACUUCUCGAAAGUGAUUCCAAGGCAAGGGACGCCCAUAUCGAGGGCCUAGCUCAGAUGAUACGAUAUGACACCAUUCCCACCCAUGAUGUAGCACGAGAUCUAACAGAUCCGGUUAGUGACUCGCUUGGGCAAGCCCUACUCACCUCCAACUACUCCAACCAACCACUUAUCCAGGCUCUGCAAAACCAGAAUGAUCCCAACGCGACAGACAUUACAACUAUAAGUAAUAGAAUUAAUGGACUUUGCUUACUGAUCGACGCCUACCAUGAGUCACCGAACCCAGGUCCAGAUUCUGCCCUCACCAUUGGACUCGAGGUUGAACGACUACAGCUCGAAAUAGACAUUCUUUUGGGUAGUCUUGACAACUACGUCCACUCACUUCAUGAUGCUCUUCAAUUAUACCUCUUGCUUCUCUGGCCUGUAGGAGAGCCUGAUCGCCUACAUGGCCUAGCUGAAGGGUUGAGACAUGCUUUGUUGCAGCCCUUCAUGAGACUCUGCGCUUCCAUGGGACUUUUUGUUUGGCAGCUCUUCGUUGGCGCGACUGCUGCAGAGCCGUCAAGUGAGGUCCGGUCUUGGUUCAUCACAAGGCUAAGAGAGGUGUCUUGUUCAAUGACUGGCUUGGGACAGGGCGUGAUAUUGAAGCAUGCUUUAUAUCUCUUCGGCAGGCAACAUGCGGUUCAGGGGUUCGCCUACUUUAGUCAACUGAUUCAAGUCGUUUUAGAUCUCAAAAACAAAUCUGAGCACCUGCGUCUCUUUAGCCCCUGGACAGUUUGCUUCAUUGAGUUGUUUCGAGGCUUGUAUGGAACUCAAAGUCCCCAUGCUCACUGGUCCAUAUCACGUGCAUUCAUUGUCAGUGAUGACCAGAACCAAUCGGGCGAUUUAUUCAACUCUUGUCCGCCAUCAACACCAACGAAUUCACACAAAAUGGCCGUCGAGACAGACUCGACUUUGAUCACUACUGAAAAUGCGCCAUUAACGCCGAUCUACCAACUUAACAGAGAACUCGCAUGCAAAGUUCAAAGGAAUAUGGCCAUAAUAUUCGAGACUGUUCAUGUUACCGAGACCGCGAACCCAGAAAGUAAUACAGUUCGACGGCGGAAAGUCACCAAAGAUCUAUACUACCUGGUCCAUCUUCGGAACAGUCCAUCUCGGGACAAUCUACUCAAAUACUACAUCACGGCAGCAUCACCAGAGGCCUUGGGGAAUAUCCAAUUAGAUGUUAUAGACACCCAAGAAGAGGGAUUCAGGGCGAUGCUGAAUGCCGACAAGUCUGCAGCAGAUAUUCUGCUAUUCAAUCGCGAUACCCAGCAACUACUAUUUGACAUCAAGCCCAAGUGGCAAGGCGGUCAAUACCAGUGGAUUGAUGUUAAUGGAGUAAAAGUGGCGUCUGAGUUUGGGACAAGCGAAGAACCGAGAUUGCAUAUUGAAGUUCAAUUGCAACAACAAAAAAGAGACGCGUUGGUAGCAUUGUGGAUCUUGAGACUCUGGUACAGUAUUGCCGAGAACAGGACAGCAACACGAGAAGUUGAAGCACCGGAGGAAUUGAUUGAAUCAGUCUGUCCCUGA